AUGGCUGUCGAGCUGAAUCAGGUUAUUCAUUAUGCAUUUUUGAACCACAGGAAAGGAUUAGUCAAUUCAUUUCUAUCUAUCUAUCUAUCUAUCUAUCUAUCUCAUUCUUUUCCCUAUCUAUCUAUCUAUCUAUCUAUCUAUCUAUCUAUCUAUCUAUCUCCUUUGAUUCUCAGUCAAUUCAUUUCUAUCUAUCUAUAUCUAUCUAUCUAUCUAUCUAUCUAUCUAUCUAUCUAUCUCCGCAACUAUACAUACAGAUACACCGUGGAUUUCUUUAAUAACCUGCUUCAUAAUAAUCUAAAUCCAACUCAAUCUAAAUCUAUCCCAUUCUCUUCAUAUCUAUCUAUCUAUCUAUGUUCAUAUCUAUCUAUUUUAUUCUGUUCAUAUCUAUCUGAUUCUGUUCAUAUGUAUGUAUGUAUCUAUGUAUGUAUGCAUGUAUGCAUCUAUCUAUCUAUUUUUGUUCAUAUCUAUCUAUCUAUCUAUCUAUCUAUUUUAUUCUGUUCAUAUCUAAUUAUGUUUAUGUUUAUAUCUAUCUAUCUAUCUAUCUAUCUAUCUAUCUAUCUAUCUAUGUUCAUAUCUAUCUUAUUCUGUUCAUAUCUAUCUAAUUAUGUUUAUGUCUAUCUAUCUAUCUAUCUAUCUAUGUUCAUAUCUAUUCUGGUGAAUGCAUAUUUGAUCGCAAUUGAGAAGAAUUUUUCAGCAUCUAUCUAUCUAUCUAUCUAUCUAUCUAUCUAUCUAUCUAUCUAUCUAUCUAUCUAUGUUGCUAGCUAG